AUGGAUAGCAUAGAGAAGGAAGUAGACAACGAAAGAGGAUAUUGGUCAAAACACUCUUCUGCCAAUGGACAGACCUAUUAUUACAAUGUAAAGACUGGGCAAUCUUAAUGGGAUAAACCUGAGUGUCUUCAGGAUGAAGAGUCAGAAGUUGAAGAGGAAUGGCAAUAAUAUUUAACAGAAGAUGGUAAGCCAUAUUGGUACAAUCGCAUAACGAGAGAGAGUAAAUGGCAGAAGCCAGAAGAGGAACAAUAAACGUAUGGAAAUAUAAUAUUAGUGCAGAUCAGGAGAGGAAGAGGACAUCAUCCCGCCAAAUCCGAUCGACUAAUUUACUUAAUUAUUGAAGGAUAAUAAGAUUACAUCUAGUGUUAAGUGGGAUUCAGUUGUUAAACAAUUACAAAGUGAUUCAAGAUGGAAAUGCAUAGGGAGCAUUAGUCACAAGAAGAAGAUUUAUAAUCAGUAUUUGGAAGAGAUGAAAAAGCAAGAAAAAGAAGAGAACAAAACUAAAUUGAGUAUGGCAAAGGAGGAUUUUAUGAAAAUGUUGGAGGAACACAAGAUCCUCUCUUCAGACAUAAAGUUAUGGAAAGUAUAAAGUUAUCUUGUUACAGAUGCAAGAUGGAAAGCAAUCCCUGAUGAAAAGGAAAGGGAAAAUUUAUUCCAGGAUUAUUUAGAUAAGUUAUAUAAACAAGAGUAAGAGUAGAUGAAGGAGAGUCGCAAAACGACCACUGAAGAUUUCAGAAAAAGGUUACAAAGACAUAUAGAAAUAGGAGUCUUAAGUCAUAGUUCCACUUGGGAUGAGUGCUUGAAGCUAUUUAGUCAAGAUAGACUCUUGUAACAGAUGUUGCCAAUUGAUGCUCUUGGAGUCUUUGAAGAAGUAUAAAAUUCUCUUAUUUAGGUUAUCAACCCUCUUUAUGAACAAUGGAGAUAGUCAAUCAUCUCUAAAUACAGGUAGAAUAGGAUCAACUUUAGGGAAUUGCUCUAGGAACACCUGGCGGAAGGCUUAUUGACACACAAGACUAAAUGGGGUUAAUUUGUAUAGACAAUAUAAUAAGAUGAUAGAUUUAUUUGCAUGCUCGGACAACCAGGGUCACAACCUCAUGAGUUGUUUUAAGAUUUCAUUUCACAUUUAAAGUAGAACCACUAGUUAUAUAAAUCGGAGUUAAAGAUGCAUCUCUAAUAAAAGGGAGUCAAGGUGUUAACCAAUGUAAGCUUUGAAGAAGUGGAAGCAUACUUUGUUGAUAAUCAGAUUUGGUCAAAAAUGCCAUCACAUGAAAAGAAAUAUUAUUAUCGCUACUUCUAAGAAAACAUCAAGUAGUCAUCCAACAUUUAGUCCAAGCGAUAUAAGAAGAUGUGUAAAAGAUACAUUAAAUUAUUAAAAUCAUUACCUGAUUACAAAUCUUAUGAAGAGAUGUUACCAAUUAUCAAUUAAAAGAUUUAAGAGAAUCCAAAACUUGCUGGAUUAGUCGAAGAACAAAAGAAGGCACAAUAUGAAUCAUUUGUUGCCAAUCUCUAGUAGCUGUAAUCAUAAUAAUAACAAAAUUAAUCAUAGCAAAUAUCCAUUGUUUCUAUAGUUAGUUAAUAAUAAUAAUAAUAAUAGUAGUUGUAAUAGAUCUAAUAAUAACAAUAACAAUAAUAAUAAUUAUUUAUAUAAUAAUAAUAAUAAUAAUAAUAAUAAUAAUAAUAAUAAUAAUAAUAAUAAUAGUAAUAAUAAUAAUAAUAAUUAUAAUAAUAAUAAUCUACAUAAAUUCAAGAAGAACCUAUUUAAUAAUAAUAGACAUCUGAAAAAGAUUAAAGUGAAAGAAAGAAGAAAAAAAAGAAGGAGAAAAAGGAGAAGAAGGAAAAAAAAUAAAAGGAGGAGGGUUCUAUAAGACAAGAUCUCAGUUAAGUUGAACCAGAGAAGUCAAAAAAUGUAAAAUAAGAGCAUGAACCAGAACCUGGAGAAAUCUAACCCAAUUAUGAUUUUAAUGAUCAAGAGAAGUCAAAGAGCAAAGGGAAGAAGCACCGUAGAAGUCAUCGUAAGAGCAAGAAACAUCACAAAUAAUGA